GCAAAACUGCAGUGGUAAGCUAUCUUACCCAGUGAUUGGCUCUGGGUGUUUGUUUUGGGGGCAGCUUUUGGCUCUGAUGUGUACUUUAAAACCAGGGGGUAAUCAGUGUGGAUUGCUGGUCUGGAACACACUGAGAGUCCUACAGGCAUCAAAACAGUUGUCUUUUAGCAGGUGAAGUAGGGAAAGGGGCGAUGCAGGGUCUUAGGGCUCUGUGGCUGUCUGCACUCCCUGCCAUCAUCUGGGCAUCGCCAUUGUUGAUCGAGAGGGAAAAUGGAACCUCCAGGAUAUGCAAGCUUGCCCCACACUGGGAGAUAGGGGGAAAAGCACCCAUGGACGAGCUUCAGGGGCAUAUUGUGGUGGUGGCUCUUCUCAAAGCAAGCUGACACUUCUGCCUCACGCAAGCCUCCCGAAUGGGAGGCUUGCGGGACAGGCUUGCCCAAAGCAAGCUGGCAAACGUGUCUUUCAUGAUAGUGAAUGAGCAAGAGGCCCAGUCCAGAGCUAUGUACUGGGAGCUGAAGAGGAAGGCAGCAGACGGGAUCCCCGUCUAUCAACAGAGUCCACUGCAAGAUGAUGUCUGGUCCACCCUUCAAGGAGAAAAAGAUGACGUCCUCAUUUAUGACAGAUGUGGCAAGCUGACGUUUCACAUCGUACUGCCGUACAGCUUCCUGAAUUUCCCAUACGUCGAGGCCGCCACCCGGGCCACGUACCACAGGGAUAUCUGUGGAUGCUCGUUACAUUUGAACACUUCCUUUGAGUCGGGAUUCAGGCCUACACACAAUGACACCACGCCGUCUCCAAAGCCAACCCCUGUGUCGACUCAUCCUGAUGUAGCGACCCAGACAGAGGAGCAAGAAAAGACUCCUGCAGACACCACCCAGACAGAGGAGCAAGAGAAGACUCCUGCAGACACCACCCAGACAGAGGAGCAAGAAAAGACUCCUGCAGACACGACCCAGACAGAGGAGCAAGAGAAGACUCCUGCAGACACUACCCAGCUGCUCCAGCAGCAUUCCCACAGUGAUGGUGAUGGUGCCCACACCCAUGAAGCACACCAUCACACACAUGACCACCAUGACCAAGCUGUAACCAGGGACGAAGAUACCACAACAGAAAACCAUCACCGUGAUCAUUAAUGCACUGCAGUCGAGGGACUUGAUUUGACCAAAAAUGCAAACUGUUAAGAGAAAUUCAUUGGUCAACUGGUUAAAUCAUAGUCACAGCUGUUUACUCUAAAGCUUUGCAUUAGACAUUCAGUUCCAACCAGUGAAAUGGAGAUGUGAAUGCGGCUUCUCAAACUUACAGACAACAUCAGUUGGGAAAAUUGGUUAUCAAUGGGUCAUAUAUCUGUUACUUUCAAAACGGAUGUUCUGUCUUCUCCUGUGUUACAGAAAAACAGUAAAUCAUAAAGGGCACUGGGAAAUGUAGUUUUGCAGGUACAAUUAUUCCACCAACUGUACUGCAUGUACUGCUUGUAUGAUUUUGUAGGUUAUAGUUGUUUUUAAGACAUUGAAUCUGAACCAUGUGGACUUCAGGCAUUGUCCUUGGGAUAAAGAUGACAUAGAAUUCUCCUCAGGUGCAGUACAUACAAAACGCAAACAAAAAAAUAUGACAUAAGACAAAACAAGUCUUCUUCAUUUUCCCAAUUGUUGCAGAUAAUGCAUUGCCAUAAUUAGAUCAGGAUUUCAGGGUUUACUCACAGUCCAUGUUUGGGUUUUGGCAUACUCCCCCAUCACCACUAGGAUUUACUGUGUGGAAAGCGAUUUUGAUGUUUCAGCCCCAUACACCCUUGUCUUUUUCCUCUUCCAAUGCAACCUUCUGUUUGUUCAAUUAAUGCCAUUGCCACAUCAGUUAUCAUGAGGACCAGUAUGUGAACUGAGCUGAGCAAGUAAUGUGAGUACUUCUGGGGCUUCAUGUGUGUAGUUCACAGGUUUCCUUGACCUCCCUGCUGCACGUAAUGAAAUGUGCACUUGAAACCUGUCUGAGGUGUGUGCGUAUGGAAGCAGUGUGGCUGAGGAGUCAAGAAAAUCAUGCAAUGCAUAGACACAUGUUAAGCUUCCCGUGGAGUUUCUCAAAACACGCACAGGGCUGUAAGUGGACGUACUGGCAAUUGUCUUUCCUUUAAUAUAUUUCUUAAAGUAUGCAUCCAUCAUUUCAAGCAGGAUGUCUGUACUAGUGUAGAAUUUGCUCUUUGUGCAAGUUCAGUUGUAAUAAAAGUGAUUUCAUCCUUAAA